AUGUUGAAAACAUAUAGUUUGACACUCCCUUCCCCUUCUCCCCCUUCCCUCGCUUCCCUCCCUUCCCUGCUUUCUCUCCCUUCCCUACCUUCCCUCCCUUUCCUCCCUUCUCUCUCUUCCCUCCCUUCUCUCCCUUCCCUCCCUUCCCUCCCUUCUCUCCCUUCUCUCCCUUCCUUGCCUUCUCUCCCUUCCCUCCCUUCUCUCCCUCCCUUCCCUACCUUCCCUCCCUUCCCUCCCUUCCCUCCCUUCCCUCCCUUCCCUCCCUUCCCUCCGUUCUCUCCCUUCUCUCCCUUCUCUCCCUUCUCUCCCUUCCCUCCCUUCCCUCCCUUCCCUCCCUUCCCUCCCUUCUCUCCCUUUCACCCGCCUUCCAACCCAUUGCCACCCCUCCGUCCCAUUUUGACCUUGGGGACUUUCAACAUGGGAACUUUCAACAUGCAUCCCCCACCUACCCCCACCUACUCCCAUCUCACCUCCCCUCCCUUUACCAUGGGAUUCCAGCCCACCACGCCUCCCCAUCAUACCAUUCCCCACAUAUCAAAGCCACCUCUCCACUACAUCCCGCACUAG